UUUUUUUGCGCCUCUGAUUAUAAUUGUUAUGCUGGCAACGCGGUCCGUCGCCUUGUAAUCGAACGGGAGAAAAUCCAGCUGGCAUUGGGAGUACAGUCGCGCCCGGGUUCUCAACACCGUCUCAGUCGUUUCCUCGAGCCCAGAUCCAACCGAUACCUCUCACUGUCGCCGGUCGACUUCUAAUACCGCCUUCGCCCCGAAAUCUCACACCAUCCCACCGUCGCCAAGCUACUCGUAUUCAACAAUGGCGGUCCUUUCACUCAUCAAGAAGCAGUUUACUGCGAGCAAGAUCUUCUUCCACAUCUUGUUUUGGGGCUUCCACUGGUUCAUGUUCGGCUACGGUUGGUGGAAGCAAUUGACCGAUGAUCGUCUGGCCGGUCUCAACACGCUCAAGUUCUCCGUGUGGCUCUCUCGCGGUGCUGGUUUGGUGCUCGCCUGCGAUGGAACCCUGAUCUUGCUUCCGGUGUGCCGCACACUAGUGCGCUGGAUCCGUCCCAAGGUCAAGUUCUUGCCUCUGGACGAGAACCUUUGGUUCCAUCGACAGGUCGCAUAUGCGAUGCUGGUCUUCACCAUUAUCCACGUCUCGGCCCAUUAUGUCAACUUUUUCAACGUCGAGAAGACGCAGAUCAGACCCGAGACCGCGAUCCAAAUCCACUACACACAGCCCGGAGGCAUCACCGGCCACAUCAUGUUGUUCUGCAUGUUGAUGAUGUACACCACCGCCCACCACCGCAUCCGCCAACAGUCGUUCGAGACGUUCUGGUACACGCACCACCUGUUCAUCCCGUUCCUACUCGGCCUUUACACUCACGCUGUUGGCUGCUUCGUCCGUGACACGGCCCUCCCAUUCUCCCCCUUUGCUGGCGAUCUCUUCUGGGAGCACUGCAUCGGUUACCAGGGCUGGAGAUGGGAGCUGUGGGCUGGUGGUCUUUACUUGUGCGAACGCCUGUACCGCGAGAUCCGCGCAGCCAAGUCGACCAAGAUCACCCGUGUGGUCCGUCAUCCAUAUGACGUCGUCGAGAUCCAGUUCGAGAAGCCGUCCUUCAAGUACAAGGCCGGACAGUGGCUCUUCCUGCAGGUUCCCAGCGUCUCCAAGUACCAGUGGCAUCCAUUCACCAUCACCUCGUGCCCCUUUGACCCAUACGUCUCUGUUCACGUCCGCCAAGUUGGUGACUUCACGCGCGCUCUUGGUGACGCUGUCGGUGCCGGUGCUGCUCAGGCCAAGCUUUACGAUGGCGUUGACCCCAUGGGCAUGUACGAGGUUGCUCUACAGAACGGUCAACAGAUGCCUACGUUGCGUAUCGAUGGCCCUUAUGGUGCGCCAGCUGAAGAUGUCUUCGAGAACGAGAUUGCAGUCGUCAUCGGUACCGGUAUUGGUGUGACGCCGUGGGCCGCCAUUCUCAAGAACAUUUGGCACUUGCGCCAGAGCCCGAACCCGCCCAAGCGCCUGCGCCGUAUCGAGUUCAUCUGGGUCUGCAAGGACACUGGCUCAUUCGAGUGGUUCCAGACCCUGCUUUCUUCGCUCGAGUCGCAGAGUACCGAGGCCGCGCGCCUGCCUGGCAGCAACGGCGUCGAGUUCCUCAAGAUCCACACCUUCCUGACACAGAAGCUCGACAUGGACACACAACAAAACAUUGUGCUCAACAGUGUUGGCGCCGACCACGACCCGCUGACGGAGCUCAAGUCGCGAACCAACUUUGGUCGACCCAACUUUGGCCGCAUGUUUGAAGGGAUGCGUGAUGGCAUCCUGGACCGGACCUACAUCAACGGCCUCGAGGGCAGCAUGACCACCACGGUCGGUGUCUACUUCUGUGGUCCUUCUGCAGCUGCGCGUGAUAUCAAGAAGGCUGCCAAGAAGGCGUCGACAAAAGAGGUCAACUUCCGCUUCUGGAAGGAGCAUUUCUAAGCGUGUUUGCUUUUCUUUGGAGACAUUGUCCGUUUGGCUUUUUGGGAAGACUAGAUCAAAUAUGCUAGAGACACGGCCUUUGCGGAUCGGAUUUGUGCCACGUGCAGAGAAACUUGGUGCGAGGAUUAGGUUACGGGCAUGGUUGCAUCAUGCUCAUGGUUUGCAGGAUUUCUUGGGAAGCGAGAUGGGGACAGAGGUGUUAGGGGAUUUUCACUGUUCAAUUAUCUUAUCGACAGUCUGGCGUGAAUACCGCCUUCUUGCAUUCAGGAACAAUGACAACAUGAGUCAAGCGUCCACGACUGUUGGCCGAGCGGCUGGUACCCGAUAUGGCAGUGAUUGGGGGACAUCCCAUGUAAUAUGCGAGUUGAUGAUGUGGAAUCAUGGUGGAGGACUCGGUUCACUCACAAGCCGCCCC